CAUCCCCGAUGGACCCACUGGCCUAAGAGAUCACUGUCUGAGUGUCGGGCCCUCCAAGCGAGAGGGCGGCUCGAACCGGUCGAUUCAUUUGGCCAGCAGACGGCGCCCUUUCCCUCUCAAAUGACCUCUGAUAGUUACACCGUCGGACAGUAAGGGACCGCUCCGGUGGAGCUUCACGAUCCAAUAUACAACCAUACUCCGCACUUUGUGUCUCAUUACAGAAAGAGCAGCCGACGCUACGGAGUAACCUCGGGUCAAACCACAGGCUAAAAAAGAGAACAAAAAAGCUAGAAAUAACCGCAGGCCCCCAAGGUCCAGCGCUGCAGCUGACAAGGAUCUCCCGCCCCCAGGAGCGCAGUCCGACGGUCACCGGGCCAUUGACGGUUUUUUGCUUGUUCCCGCCACUUUUUGCUUUUUAUUUAAACCGCUGGCCUAUCGCUUGGAGAGCUUUUCUGCAUCAUGUAUCGCCUCAAGAUGGAGGUGGUGACGGCCAUUGCGGCGUGGGCUUUUGCCACGGCCAGCCAACUCUUACCGCGCUCCGCCGACGGAUAUGAUAGUCUUUGUCUCCCACAGGGCGACAUCAAGACCCUUGCAGAUCGACUUUCGAGCACGGCCAAGCUGUACUGUCCCGGUACGACUGGGUUCACUAAUGCGACCACGCGGUGGUCGGUGCUGGACGAGCCCGAGGUCAACAUCGUCGUGGUUCCCGGUACCGAAUACGAUGUCGCGGAGAUUGUGCAAUAUGCAAACCAGAAGAACAUCCCCUUUCUGACCUACAAUGGUGUCCACGGGGCCCUCGUUUCCCUUGGAGAAAUGACCCACGGCAUCGCGAUCUACAUGGGCCAGCUGAGUAGCGUCGAGGUCGCGGAAGAUGGAAAGACCGCCACGUUCGGAGGUGGCACCAUGUCCAAGGUGGUCACGGAUGAGCUGUGGGCGGCAGGCAAGCAGACCGUCACUGGAACAUGCGAAUGUGUCAGUCUGGUCGGCCCUGCCCUCGGCGGUGGACACGGCUGGCUCCAGGGCCACCACGGACUCGUCCUCGAUCAAUUCGUCUCCAUGAACAUCGUCCUGGCCAACGGAACCCUGACCCACAUCGACGCCAACUCGGACCUCUGGUGGGCCGUCAAGGGCGCCGGCCACAACUUUGGCAUCGUCACCUCUCUCACCAUGAAGGUCUACGACAUCGAGCACCAUGACUGGGCUAUCGAGACCCUGACUUUCAGCGGCGACAAAGUCGAAGAGAUCUACCAGGCCGCAAAUGACUACCUCGUCAAGAACGGCACCCAGCCCGCCGGCGUGAUCAACUGGUCGUACUGGCUUAACGUCGCCGACCUGGACCCGACGAACCCCGUCAUCGUCUUCUACAUCAUCCAAGAAGGCGUCACCGCCGUUGAUUCCAUCUACACCGAGCCCUUCCACAAGAUCGGGCCCCUCGCCGUGGAACCCAAUAACGGUACCUACAAGGAUCUCGCUACCUGGACCGAAAUCGCGCUCACCUCCGCCCCCUGCCAAAAGAUGGGCAUGGCGAACCCCCGGUACCCAAUCUACCUGGAAUCCUACGACAUCGCGGCCCAGCAGCAGGCCUGGGACGUCUACGCCAACGCCACCCGCGGAUCCUCCCCUUUUAACAACUCCAUCUUCAUGUUCGAGGGAUACUCCGUGGGAGGUGUGCACGACAUCGACAGUCGGUCGAGUGCCUUUGCCUUCCGUUCCGAGAAUCUGCUCGCUGCGCCGUUGAUCAACUACUACCCCAACGGUACGGAACUGGACCGCACGGCGGCGAAUCUGGGCCAAGAGCUCCGCAACAUCCUCUUCAAGGGAACCGGGCGCGAUGAUAUUCGCGCGUACGUCAACUAUGCCCAUGGCGACGAGACCCCGCAGCAGCUGUACGGCAGUGAGAAGUGGCGGCAGCAGCGUCUGCGGGCCUUGAAGGCCAAGUAUGACCCGUCGGGCAAGUUUAGUUACUAUGCUCCGAUUCCGUGAUUGCAUAGCCACAGGGGAUAGCAUUUGUGGAGAUAGGCUUUAUUGAGAUAAUUGUAAUUAAUGUAGUUCAUC